AUAGAGCAGCUGAGACAGAAGCGAGAUAAAGCCCGUUAUGGGCGUCAAUUUCUCAUCGUAAAGGCCUACAAUGGUUCCCGCUUGCCUUGUUUCUCCCAGGGCCUGUGCGUAUGUUUCAGCUCCCCUUGCGAUGACGAACCGCGAAUUCGUCUCUAUCCCGGUGAUCUGAUCUUAGUCACUCGUUGGAGAACGUAA